CACGCAAAAGUCGACGCAUCCGUGACCGGGGCUUCAGUUCCUCUUCUCUCAACUCCAUCACCGCAUUUGCAUCAGCAUCAGCAUAAUAGCCCGUCUUCUCUGAAGCCACCGCCUCGCGUCUGUUCUUGGAGUUGCUCAUCUGCCGUCUUUGUGCCCGGUUUUAUAUCUCUUACCUUGAUACCCCGGUGAAUUUGUUUGUCAGCCAAACCCGACUUCAAAAUGCGAUCCUCCGCCAUCUUCGUUGCCAUUGCCGCCGCUGUGGUGUCGGCCCAGGUCCCGACCUACAAGAGCUCUCUCAACAUGACCAUUGACCCCAACACUGUUGCCCAGCAGCAGCGAGCUGUGUGGUGCCAGGCUCAGACCAACACCUGCCAGGUUCUUUGCGACAACAACGCCGACGAGAAUGAUUGUAACCAGGCUACUUUGUCGUACGACUGCACGUGCGCCUCCAACAGCUCUGCUCCCGGUCUCCAGUACUACACCCAGACCCUGCCCACCUUUAUCUGCGAGCAGCUGUUCUCCAACUGCAUUCAGACCAACGCCGGCAACCAGGAUGGCCAGACCGCCUGCAAGAACAACAUCCAGAAGCUCUGUGCCACCCGAAACCCUCCCACCGCCGCUGAGAUUAGCAGCCUGGAUGCCAGCACUGCUGCCGCCGAGACCACCACCUCCAAGGGUGCCGCCUCCACUCACCACGCCUCUGCUACCACCACUGCGGCUGAGUCUGCUAGCAGCGCUGCCCAGUCCAGCACCUCCAAGGCCUUUGCUGCCGCUACCCAAGGCCCUAUUGGAUCUGGUGCCUUUGCCAUGGCCGCUGCUGGUCUCAUGGCAUACGUUCUCUAGAUGUGACGAGCCAUAGAGUCCGAGCCGCUGGCUUUUUUGUCUGGGAACCCCAGUCCCUGGUAAUGGUACGCAAUUUAUGAAGGAAGAAGAAGGGCACUGGGUCGAUGCUUUGGUUGAGGGGCUUCGCUUCUCUGUAAACCCAAUUUGUUAUCUAGUACACUUUUUUGUUUGUUUCCCAUCAGAAACGUGAUAUCACCCCCUUAACGAAACCCGAGACGACGAAUAUGAUCGAGGGCAUAAUGAUGGCUGCGCGCGUUUUGCUUUUUUUUUUUUUACCCUUUUCUUUUUCACUACCUCAUUUUUGUUUUACAAAGAUUCACCCUGUGGAUAGUGCACUUUGAUGCAUGCCAUUCGGUCACCUUUGCAUUUAAUCUGUGGAAGGCGUAGCAAUGGUGGCCGUCGCGUCGACUUGGGGAGGAGAGCCUUUUGAGUUUGCUUUCAGAUUCCAGAUUUUACAUGGCAGAGGCGAAGGGGAGUAGGAAAACUGUCUUGAGCAAUAGAAGAAUGCG